AGGUUGAGAGGUAUGUCCUUGAGUUUGGGCUGUCCGUUGGAAAAGCUGUAUGAAUUCGUGGUGUAAAGUGUGUAGUCAUUAUCUGCAUGCGCAUUGCAUAUACUUUGUAUACGAAAUAACAAACUUCUCUCCCACGUCCAGAACGAUUGUAUGUAAUUACUCAAAAGCACAAGAAUAAAUGGCUCCAAAGCGAAAGGCAGCAGCUGCGAAAAAGGAUGCAGCAAAGAAGGUGAAAACUGAACCAGAGGAUGAUGACAUGCGUUCAAAGGUGGAGGCUCUCAAAGCUGCCCCACAGAAGAAAGGGAAGGCAAAGAUUGAUUCUGCAUGCAGUCUGAGUAACCAGACAAGUGCACAGGUUUAUGAGGACUUUGACUGCAUGCUGAAUCAGACAAAUAUUGGCCACAACAACAACAAAUUUUACAUUAUCCAACUUAUUGACUUCUCUGGUCAGUACUACUGCUGGAAUCGCUGGGGUCGAGUGGGCGAGGUGGGACAAUCCAAACUGACUCCUGCUACAAAUCUGGAUGCAGCAAAAAAAGAUUUUGAGAAGAAGUUUAAGGACAAAACAAAAAAUGACUGGAGCAAGAGAGACAAUUUUGUACCCCAUCCUGGCAAAUACACCAUGAUUGAAGUGCAACAUGGAGAUGAAAAUGAGGUGUCAGUUAAGACAGACACCGUUGAUGCAGGUGGAGUGAAAAAGAAAGUGCGUCCUUGUACUUUGGACAAACCUACCCAAGAACUGAUCUCUCUCAUUUUCAGCCACGACAUGUUUAAAGAAGCCAUGCAAACAAUGAACCUGGAUAUUAAAAAGAUGCCUUUGGGGAAGCUGAGUAAAGCUCAGAUUGCUAAGGGCUUUGAGGCCCUGGAUUCGGUAGAAGAUGCCAUGCAGAAGAAACAAAACCGCAAACUACUUGAAGAACUCUCCUCCAAGUUCUACACAAUAAUUCCACAUAAUUUUGGUAGGAUGAGGCCCCCAGUUAUUGAUAGCGCUGAAGUCAUACAAGCAAAAAGAGAUAUGUUACUGGUUCUGGCAGAUAUUGAACUUGCCCAGAGUCUCCAAGCUGAGAAGGAUACAAAGAAAGAAGAGAACAUUCCGGAAGUACCACAUCCUCUUGAUGAAGAUUAUCUGCUGCUGAAGUGUGAACUGUCUUACGUGGAUCUCAACUCACAAGAGGCUAAGAUCAUUGAAAAGUAUGUGGCAAUGACUGGUUCGUCAUACCAAAAACUUAAAAUUCUCAAUAUUUGGAAAGUUAAACGAGAAAAAGAGGAUGAACGAUUUAAAGCACAUGAUAGCAUUGAUAGUCGCCGCUUGCUAUGGCAUGGAACCAAUGUUGCUGUUGUUGCUGCCAUCUUGAAGAGUGGCUUGCGAAUUAUGCCACACUCAGGAGGUCGCGUGGGGUGCGGAAUCUAUUUUGCCUCAGAGAAUUCAAAGUCAGCUGGAUAUGUUGGUUGUACCUCCAAGAGAAUUGGCAUUAUGUUCCUGAAUGAAGUAGCCCUUGGGAAGGAAUUUGUCAUUACUAAGGAUGACUCUUCUCUGAGAAAAGCCCCCUCAGGUUUUGACUGUGUUGUUGCCAGAGGAACACAAGAACCAGACCCAUCUCAGGAUAAGGAGAUUACUAUAGAAGGACGAAAGGUCAUAGUUCCACAAGGAAAGCCAAUACAGCAAUCAAAAUACAAUGGGAGCUACUUCAGUCAAAGUGAAUAUGUCAUCUAUAAAGAAAGCCAAUGCCACAUUCGUUACUUAAUCCAGCUGCAGUUUUAAAAAUAUUUUGACAUUUGACAUAUUACUAACACUGAGCAGAUUAUCAUUUUGCAUGACAUGGUAAUGGCUUCUAAACAGAAAACACACUCUGUUGAAUGUAUGUUAGUUUAAAACAUUUUCUUAUCUUUCCUGACUGAAGGUUUCUGAAAUGUUUAUCUAUACAUAUAUAUUUUUUUGUUAAUUUAAACACUUUUUAACUCUAUUACCAUGUCUGCCAUGUUUGUGUACUUAUCAUGUUAGUAAACACAACUGCAAAGUUUAACUGAACAAGCAUGCCUGAAAAAAAUAAAAAAGCUCAGCAGUAAACAAAGUCAAAAAUGUAAAAUAAACUUUCUGGAUGCAAAAAAAAAAA